CAAGGAAAUUGUAGAGCAGUUAUUAAAUGAAAAACUUACUGAGGAGGACUAUGCUUUAAUAAAAGAUAUUGCUGAACAAGAAAUCCCCAGAUUUCCGACUGACGAGGAUUUGCUUUCUUCCGUUAUCGCCGUUGAUGGCAUCCCCGUUAUAGAUAGCUCUAGGAAGGAAAAACUUAUUGGUAUCUUAGCCAAAAAAUUUUCUUGCCCCGAAGGUAGUAAGGUAUCAAAUGCUGCUAAGUUCCAAGUUACGAAAGACAGCAUUGAAAUUCCAUUGGAUGAAGAAGGAAAUUCUAAAGGCGAUUUACUUUCUACCUUUCUUUAUUAUUAUACUUUAUUACUUUUUUUUUGUUAGGUUUCUGCUUUGUAGAUUUUGGUUCACCCGCUGACGCUGAAAAAGCUCUGCGUUUGCUUAAUGGCCGUCAUUUAGAUAGCAAACAUAUUUUUCGGACAUUUAAGUUAUCAAGUUUGGAUAAUUAUUCUAAAAUUAACGACGAAUUUGUUCCUCCACCUGAACCCGAGUUCCAAGAAACGGGGGAUUACCAGUCAUGGUUGUUGGACAAACACUGCAAUGAUCAGUUCGUUAUGUUUCACGAUCGCAUGACAUCCGUCAUGUGGAACACCAAGACGGGCGCUCAACCCUGCAUAGAGCGUGAUCAUUGGGCGGAGCAAUACGUGGCUUGGUCCCCCAAAGGGAGUUUCCUGGCCACUGUGCACCAGCAAGGCGUUGCUUUAUGGGGCGGCGAGUACUGGAAAAAAAUUCAGCGGUUUGAACAUUCUGGCGUUCAACUUCUAGACUUUUCGCCUUGUGAAAAGUACAUCGUCACCUGCAAUAAUGAGAUCGUCGAUGACCGAGACAAUCCCCGUGCAAUUAUCAUUUGGGAUAUUCGAACAGGCGCCAAACUUCGGUGUUUUCAAAAAGCUGGUAAGGAGUUCAGCUGGCCCGUCUUCAAGUGGAGUCACGAUGAUAAAUAUGUUGCUCGGCCUGGAGACGAUUAUAUUGCUAUUUACGAAACUCCUUCCAUGAAAACUUUGGUAAAAGGAGAAAAGAAAACUAUAUUGGUUGAGGGACUCAGAGAUGCUUCUUUCAGUUGGUCACCCACCGUUCGCCAUUUAGCUUUUUGGGUGCCUGAAAAAGAUCCCCAUCCUGCUAGAGUUGCUUUACUGGAAAUCCCCUCGAAGCAAAUAGUCCGCUCGAAGAAUUUGUUUAAUAUUGAGCAUGCAACUAUGCACUGGCAUGAAAAUGGCUAUUAUCUUUGCGUUAAAGUGGACUCUAAAUCGAAGAAGGGAAAAGAAUUUUCUAGUUUCGAAAUUUUUCGAGUUAAAGAAAAGUCGAUACCAGUUGACACCCUCGAGACCAAUGAGCCCGUGUAUGCCUUUUCAUGGGAGCCAAAUGGGCAUCGGUUUGUUGUUAUUCACGGCCACCAAAAGAAUUCCUUGAACGUCACUGUGUACACUAUGAAAGGCCGGCAGAGCGGCAUUGAUCAAGUGACUCGUCUCUUUCUUAUAGAGCUGAGACCUUUUCGUACGGUGGUGUGGUCUCCUAAAGGCAGUCGGUUUGUCCUUGCCAAUCUGUACGGGGCCAAUCGGUCUUUGGAGUUUUGGGACGCUGACUCUGCCACCCGUCUUAAUCAGGGCGAACACUAUUUGGCUAGCAGAGUUGAGUGGGACCCCACUGGUCGCUAUGUAGCCACUUAUGUUAGCGCUUGGUCGGAACCUACAGAGCACGGAUACUAUCUCUGGACGAGCCAAGGACGGCUGUUGCAUAGGGUGCCCGUCCCGAAACUAUGCCAGUUUGCUUGGCGGCCUCGUCCAAAAGACGAUCUCAGCCCAGAAGAGCUAAAGCUGGUGGAAAAGAAGGCUCGGGAGUGGGCCAGCCGCUUUGAUAAGGAAGAUAGAGAGAUUGAGGGGAAGGUCACCGAAAACGAAAGAAAAUGGCGAAGAGCCCAACUUGCUCAGUGGAGGACUGCUUUGGCUAAAGUCGAGGCGGCAAAGACUGCACUGCGCGAAAGUUGGGGACGCGUGGAACCUCCUCCCCAGGUUACUCAGGAUUGGAUCGAAAUUGAGGACGAAGAUGAAGAGCUUCUGGAAAGAAAAGUUUUUGCUUAA